UCCACAGGGGGAGUUCCCCUGGGACGACAAGGAUUUCUGCAGUCUGGCUGUUUUGGGGGCUGGUGUUGCCAUGGGAUUUUUCUACUUCUACUUUCGAGAUCCUGGAAAAGAAAUCACCUGGAAGCACUUUGUACAGUAUUACCUGGCCAGAGGUCUGGUGGAUCGGCUGGAAGUUGUGAACAAGCAGUUAGUGCGUGUUAUUCCUCCCCCUGGGACGUCUUCCAAGAAAUUCGUGUGGUUUAACAUUGGAAGCAUCGACACCUUUGAGCGCAACCUGGAGUCUGCUCAGCGGGAGCUGGGGAUUGAGCCCACCAGCCAGGCAGCCGUGGUCUACACAACUGAGAGGGACGGGUCUUUCUUGAGAAGUCUGGUGCCCACCCUUCUCCUGGUGGGCAUCGUUCUCUAUGCUGUGAGGAGGGGCCCGAUGGGGGCUGGGCGCAGCAGGCGAGGAGGGGGCCUUUUCGGUGUUGGUGAGACCACAGCCAAGAUCUUUAAGAACAACAUCGAUGUGCGAUUUGCAGACGUAGCUGGCUGUGAAGAAGCCAAAUUGGAAGUUAUGGAGUUUGUGAAUUUCCUGAAGAAUCCAAAGCAGUAUCAGGACUUAGGAGCCAAAAUUCCAAAGGGAGCCAUGCUCACGGGUCCUCCUGGUACUGGCAAAACCCUUCUUGCCAAAGCGACAGCAGGGGAGGCCAGUGUGCCCUUCAUCACUGUGAAUGGGUCGGAGUUCCUGGAGAUGUUUGUCGGUGUGGGGCCAGCAAGGGUUCGUGACAUGUUUGCAAUGGCCCGAAAAAAUGCUCCUUGUAUCUUAUUCAUUGAUGAGAUUGAUGCAAUUGGUAGGAAGCGAGGCCGGGGACACUUUGGAGGCCAAAGCGAGCAAGAGAAUACCUUGAACCAGAUGCUCGUGGAGAUGGAUGGGUUCAACUCUACCACUAAUGUUGUCGUGCUGGCCGGCACCAACCGCCCUGACAUCCUUGACCCUGCCCUGAUGCGGCCUGGCCGGUUUGACCGCCAGAUUUACAUUGGCCCCCCUGAUAUCAAAGGUAGGUCCUCCAUCUUCAAGGUCCACCUGCAUCCCCUGAAGUUGGACAAGAGCGUCAGUAAGGAUGCCCUGGCAAGGAAGCUGGCAGUGCUCACCCCGGGCUUCACUGGUGCACAUAUUUCCAACGUCUGCAAUGAGGCAGCCCUGAUUGCUGCCCGCUACCUGAGCUCUUGCGUUCGGGAGGAGCACUUUGAGCAGGCCAUCGAGAGAGUCAUUGGAGGCCUUGAGAAGAAGACCCAGGUCCUGCAGCCCAGCGAGAAGGAGACUGUGGCCUACCACGAGGCUGGGCAUGCGGUGGUGGGCUGGUUCCUGGAGCAUGCGGACCCCCUGCUGAAGGUGUCCAUCAUCCCCCGGGGCAAGGGGCUCAGCUAUGCCCAGUACCUGCCCCGGGAGCAGCACCUCUACACACAGGAGCAGCUCUUUGACCGCAUGUGCAUGAUGCUGGGGGGCAGGGUGGCUGAACAGCUCUUCUUUGGGCGCAUCACCACGGGGGCCCAGGACGAUCUGAGGAAGGUCACCCAGAGUGCCUACGCCCAGAUCGUGCAGUUUGGGAUGAGUGAGAAGCUGGGCCAGGUGUCCUUCGAUUUCCCCCGACAAGGCGAGGCCCUGGUGGAGAAGCCGUACAGUGAAGCCACCGCCCAGCUCAUUGACGAGGAGGUUCGGCACCUCAUCAACUCCGCCUACACACGGACCCUGGACCUGCUGACGCGGUGCCGGACACAGGUGGAGAAGGUGGGCAAGCGGCUCCUGGAGAAGGAGGUGCUGGACAAGGCCGACAUGGUGCACCUGCUGGGCCCGCGGCCCUUUGCAGAGAAGUCCACGUACGAGGAGCUUGUGGAGGGCACCAGCAGCCUGGAGGAGGAUACGUCCCUUCCCGAGGGGCUGGAGGGCUGGAACCAGGGACUGGAGGAGGGGAGCAUGGAGCAGCGCUUGCAGGGGAGCCCUGUGUAGCCUCUGUGGGGCAGCCGCCUGCACCCUGAGCCUUUGCAGAGCAGCUGCCAGAAUCACCGGAAAACAAAUUAAAACGUGAUCAUCACAAACAGGCCUUUCAGAUAAGGGUGCUCUGAACCCUUAGAGAAGAGCACUGGGAGCUGGCAGCAACCAGCCAGAGAGGGAGCAGAGGAGGUGCCCCGAGUCCCUGCACCCUGUUCCUAGAGGACAGUUGGGUCCUGGGUCCGAGGGCAGAGGAAGCCAGGCUCACCCAUGAGGAGCUAAGGGUAGGGCGCGUGUCUUCCUGGAGCCCUGUGUGCAGGAGCCUGCAAGGGGCUCUGGACCCUCAGGAUCCUCACAUCAGGCACUUUCAGUGGAGACAGGACCUCAGGCUUUCCUGGGGAGCCUGCUCUUGUGGAGAGGGACUGAUGUGGGUUGUCUUAAAAUUGCUCAAACACAGAAGCCCUCAGGGUUUGAGGGGGUAGAAUUAAGAGAAGGAAAUGAAAGCUGAUUAUCAAGGGAAAGUCGGGUUUAAGUAGCUGCUGGGACUGGGGGAAGGCUGAGCAGUCCUGGUGAGGGAGGACGAGUCUGAGGGAAACGCCAUUCCCUCAGCAGGACCUGGUGCCUAUGCUUGGAGUGGGGCUGUUGCUGACCAGGGCAUGUCUGGAUCUAAUUCAUCCCCUAGUAAGCUUCUGUUCCCUGCGGCCUCUUUUUGUUGGACUCAGGGAAAGGAGGGUCUGCAGGGCCCUGGCAGCUUUGUUUGUGGAGAGGCCAUUGCUCUCAGGUCUUGGGACAGCCUCCUAUGGCCCUGGCACCUGUUUAACUCUCUGCCUGGUAUUGGGAAGCUCUUGGUAGGAGGAGGCCAGGCCUGGGUUGUGAGCUCUGGGCCUUUUUGAUGGUUGGACUGAGAGAGGCUCAGCUUUUUCUUGUUGGUCCUGGGAUGUGAUGAGGGCCCAGUGCUAUGGGAUUCAGUGAAAAUGUCCCUGUGUGCUUUCUCCAGCAUGCGAGCCUAUAUGCAGGGCUCACUGGAAUCCCAGCAGUGACAGACUGUGAGCAGUCAGUGGUGUUAGCUGCCCCCUUCAGGUGGGUGGGCGGCUGGGAGUCUGGGUCAUCUGGGAUAGCUCGUGACCCCAGGAGACCCCCUGUGCUCACCCUCCACAUGUCCAAGCCCAGAUGCUUGGACUUUGUUGUACAUCUUACAAAUCGUUGUUUGCCUCAAAAAUAGAACUUCCAACUGGGGACAGGCACUU